GCUUCCGCUUCCGCCCCACGCUCUCCCAGGGAACCUGGCGCAAUUUCUCUCCGCGGGCACGGCCGCAAAACUUCGGGGCCAUCAGCAAAUGUCCAACCGCCAAACAAAACGAAAACAACCCGCGGAUCCCGGGAGACAGGACGUAGUGCGACAGGACGUGGUGCGGAGGCAUGUGGAGGAAGUCGGUGGACAGCCCCGGCAGUAAAGAAGGGGUAGCCACUGGAAACUUCCUGGCUGGCCAACCUGCCCUACUCCACUAACUCUGCCCCAGCCCUCAUCUUAGGAGAGGAGACCAUGCCGCCUAAUGAACCCCAUGUGUUUUCCUAAUCCUGCUCCUAGAAGCUGCCCCACUGUCUUGGGGGUCACUCAUGCUAUUUUCUGUCUCACUUCCUGCCAAACGGCAAGCACUUAUUGCAUCUAGCUUAUGCACUUGUCUCCUUUCCCACUCCCCUUCCCUGAUCCCAGCUUCAUCUUUCUCUUGUAACCACACUGCAGUGCUCAGAGGACAUGGAAUUAUAACCACUUUUCAGCCAAUGCAAAUAUGCUUACCAAUGUUUAAAUAUAAGUAAAGCACUUAGAGCAAUUCCUGAUAUAUAGGAAGAAUUAUAUGUUUGCUGGUAUCAUUUUGUUAUUUUUAACAGUGUCAUUAUUAUUGUUAACAUUUUUAAUUUUAGGUCAUGUUCUCUGGGAAACAGACAUUGAAACAGGGAUUUGCCUGAAGGAAGUUUACUGAAGAUCCACACUUGUAAGGGAGUAAGACAAACAGAAUUGGACAGAGAAGGAAUUAAACUGCGAAGCAGUUAUAAUAGAGGCCUUAGCCCAUUCUACCAGGAGCUCCAAAAUGGGUGUCCCUUCCAAGACAUUCCACAUCCAGCCAAGGGUACUGGGCCUUUGUACACCAACAGUGACCCAGAGACUCAGCUGUGAGAUCUCAGCAGCCUACACUCCUGGCAGCUAGGGAAACAGAUGCCUUUGUCCUGAAGGGUGGAUUUGGAUGAUUCGCCAGUGUCCAUUACAUUAUUACUACCCUGUAGUCCUUUCCAUAGCCCCCUUUAACUCUCAAGAUAAACAGCUUUCAUACCUCUUGGACCCCUCUCCUGCUAUCACCCACCACAUGGGUUCUUCGCAACAGCCUGUGAUCUCUCACUCCUCUACAGAAGUACCCGCCUCCUCUGAGAGGCCUAUCUACAGUUUUCAUAUUGUGAUGUUGUUUUCUGCAUCCAUAUUUGCCCGCUCUACUCUCCACUCCAGGUUGGGGCCAUCUAGUUCAUGUCUGUGUCCUGAGCCCUAAAAGGUCCUAGGUGGACUGGUCAAGACUCCGUGAUCACAGGGAGUCUACUCCCCUCCCCCCAAGGAAGUGGCACCUAGCCCUCCCCACCCCAUCCCAUAGUGCAGAUGCUCUUUCCUGUGGAGAAUAAAACGCCAAAGAUUCAGCUUCCUUCCUUUCUGUAUGUAACCUUGGGGAGGGAGGGACCUUGGAGGGAGAAGGGGGCUCCUGGGCAGGGGAAUGGGACAGAAGCUUCCUUGGGAAGUGGAAUUCUGCUGCAUGCUGAGGUGUGGGCCAGAGCCACCCAUGCCCUGUGAGCCAGUGUAGGGAGUGCCCAACUCUGCUAUGAGGGCCAUCCUCAAGGCCAAGGCUAUUUGCGGAGGAGGGAGAACUGGACGCCUGGUCCAGCCUGGGCCUGCCAUGGACUCAACAGCCAAGAAUGAAAUGCAGCCGGCACUUAUCCCUGGGCCUGAGUGGCCCGAGCAGGAGAGGGCGGAACGGCUAGCCCGGGGUGCAGCACUCAAGUGGGCCUCAGGCAUCUUUUACCGGCCAGAGCAGCUGGACAGGCUGGGCCAGUACCGUAGCCGUGAGGUGCAGCGUACCCGCUCCCUGGAAGCACGCAUGAAGUCAGUGGUACAGUCGUACCUGGAGGGCGUGAAGACUGGUGUUUGGCAGCUGGCCCAGGCCCUUGAGGCUGUGCAGGAAGCCCGUGAGGCCCUGGGCCAGGCCCAUGGGUUGCUCCAGGGCAUGGCUGAGGUUAUACAGACCGUAGAGCCCCUGCGAGAGCAGGUUGCUCAGCACAAGCAACUCCAGGCCUUGUCUCAGCUGCUGCCCCGGCUGCAGGCAGUGCCAUCUGCAGUAGCACACACACAGACCUUGAUUGAUGCCCAGCGGCUCUUGGAGGCAUACGUGAGCCUUCGAGAGCUUGAACAGCUGCGGGAAGAGACAUGGACAUCUCUGGGGGGCCUGGCGUUGCCGAUCUUCAAGGGGCUGGGCCCUCUGGCUGAGGCAUUGGGCCAUGCUGUGGAGGCAGCUGUAGGGGCUGCAGGGCAGCUGGCACGGGAGGACCCAGCCCUGCUGGUGGCUGCUGUGCGUGUGGCAGAAGUGGAAACUGGCCGCACAACUUCCCUGGAACAGGCUCCCAGGGACUGGCGACAGCGCUGUCUGCAGGCACUACAGGAGGGUCUGGAGCGGGUUCACUUUGGGACACCUCUGCUGCCUGGGCCAGGGACCCUAGCAGGGUGGCUGGAGGCUCUGCAGGUGGCUCUACCAGCUGAGUUGGCCACAGCUGAGGCACUAAUAGCACCCUGCUGCCCUCCGCACUACAAGGUAGUCCAGCUGUGGGCCCACACUCUGCACAGUGGCCUGCGCCGCUGCCUGCAGCAAUUUCUGAAAGGUCCUGAGCUGGGAGCUGCUGAUGCCUUCACCUUGCUGCACUGGGCGUUGCGUGUGUACCCUGGGCCAGAAAUGAUGGGGAGCCUGGAGUUGGGGCCUGAGGCUGAUGUGUCUCAGCUGGAGCCCCUCCUGACCCUGGAGAAUAUCGAGCAGCUGGAGGCAACAUUUGUGUCCAAAGUCCGGGCAAGUGUGGUGCAGUGGCUGCAAAAGGCACUAGAUGGGGAAGUAGCUGAAUGGGGCCGGGAGAAGGAGCCCGACACAGACCCAUCUGGCUUCUACCACUCACCAAUGCCAGCCAUCGUGCUGCAGAUCCUGGAAGAGAACGUUCGCUUGACCAGCCUGGUCAGUGAGUCACUGCAGCGGCGAGUGCAUGACAUGGCACUGUCAGAACUCGGAGCAUUCCUGAGGAGCUUCAGCGAUGCUCUGAUACGAUUCUCCCGAGACCACCUCAGAGGGGAAGCAGUGGCCCCUCAUUAUGUGCCCUACCUACUGGCUGCCCUCAACCACCAAUCAGCACUCAGCUCUUCCGUGUCCGUCUUGCAGCCCGAUGGGGUGGCAUCAGGGGUCUUGGCUCCUGUGGAGGCAGCUCUGGAAGACUUGCAAAGGAGGAUCUGCCGCCUGGUAUUGGAGGCACUGCUGGUGGAACUCCAGCCCCUGUUCGCGGCUCUGCCCUCGCGACAGUGGCUGUUGAGCCCAGAGCUGCUGGACAAUGUGUGUAAGCGGACAGCGCACUUCUGCCGGGACUUCUGGCGUGUGCGGAAUUCCACGGUCCAGCUGCUGCUGGCCGAGGCAGAGCGUACCGUGGUGCUGCAGUACCUAUGUGCACUAAUGCAAGGCCGCCUAGUGUGCCGUGAUGCCGAUGAGCGGAACCAGGCAGCAGAGCGCCUGCUGCACGAUGCGGCCCAGCUCCGGGAUCUUUUCCUCGAUUUGGUAAGAGCUUGUUGGGUGAGCAAAUGGGUGGAAGUCUCAGUGAUUGGGUGGGAACCAAGGGCCGGCGCAAAACCUACCACGACGUGUUCAGGGCCUGGAGGAGAGCUUUCAAUGCGCGCCGGUGCUUCUCACCCUGCGAAAACUGCUAAACCUCCACGACCCUACGAUGCUUGGCCUCGAGGUGGCAGGUCUGCGGCAACAAUUUCCCGACGUGAGCGAGGAUCACAUCUCCGCCCUCUUGGACCUGCGCGGGGACGUGUCCAGAGAGCAGCGCCUGGCCGCACUCAGCUCCCUGCAGGCUGGCCCGCAGCCCUCGCCCUCUGCAGGUCGCCGCGCACUCUUCAGCCUCGUGCCAGCACCUACACCUGCUCCAUCCUCCUGCCUUCCCUCGGGGCCCUGUGCCUGACUCCCGACUGCCCGCAGAAUAAAGCCACGGCCCCGUACGCCUGAAUUGUGUGUGUUAGGGAAGGGAGGA